AUGGCCGACGAGAUCAAUACAGAACUAAUUCAACACGACAAAAGAUCAUCAAAUGAUGAUUCAUCACCGAAUUAUUUGAAUGGAAAUGAUUCGAUCGAAGACGAUGCCAAUGAAAGUUCUUUCGAUCCAUUAUUAGUUCAUGAGGAAAGUUCAAACAUUGAUUCAAGUCCGGAAAUCGACUAUCAGGAGAAACCAAUCGAACUCAAAGCUCAACGAGAACUUGACGAAGAUGAAGUCCCACCACCUGUCGUUCCAACUGAACAAACACCGAGUGAAGUUGAAACAACUCAUUCGAGAACAGAAUCUGAAUCAAAUAUAACUGAUGAUCGUCCAUUGACAGAACUGGAAACACCUUAUGAACAUCAUGAAGAAAACGAAACUUCACCUGUGGAAUUAUCGAAUGAUCAAAGUUCAUCCAAUAAUCAUUCAUUCGUAGAAAUUGAACAAUCCCUUGAACUUGCUGAAACUGACCAAGAACAAGAACAAGAACAAGAAGUAAAUCAAACACCAAAUGAAUCGAUAACGGAAGAAGAUAAUAUUCAAGAAGAAGUACAUUUCACUGAAGAAGAUUUUCCACCUCUGUCUUCACCUGCAGUCACAACUGAUCAAACAAAAGAAGAACAAGAACAACCAUUAGCAUCAACUAUUUUCAAAGAGGAGGAAUUUCCACCUUUACCUACAGCAGAAGCGACAACAAUNUUGUUAUUACACGCAGCAACAUUAACUCAUUUGACGAUUGAUACAAGAUUUGAAAUUGAAUCAUGCAAUUUAAUCUCGAUCGUGAAAAAUAUUAUAUUUCGUCACUUACAUUCUCUUCGAUCGCUUGAUUUCGGACCAAAUGAUUUCAAUGGGAUACAUGAUUGGCGCAUAACACAUAUAUGUGCCCGACUUACUUUUCUGCGUGUCUCCUUGUGGUGGCCGUCCGAUGUAGUUCGUCUGAUAUCAACACCACCUUUACCGGAAACAUUAAAAUAUUUGUACAUCUCUUUAAGUGAUAUUCUAUCUGCGAUGCUGUCUCGUCUACCAAAUAAACAACAGUUAGCUCCUAUGAAACAAUUGCGUAGUUUUACAUUCAUGAAGCCUUUCAUAUGGAGAUUUGACAACGAAUUAGCUUUCAUCGAAUUAUUGACGUGUGAAGAUAUAAUGCCGAUGCUGCAACGAAUUACGACAGAUUUAAUUCCACAUGGAAGUUUUUCUUAUCCAAAAGAAGUAAGAGGCUCAGCACUGAUGGUGAAUUAUUGGUACAACAUUGGAUAUUCUACAACUGUGUCACUUAGUAGAAAGUCUCGAUACCAAUUUGAUCGACGUUGGGUGUGGUAUACUCAUUCGUGGUCUUUUCAAACAUUCUAUAUGAUACCACUUUUACAUCAAUGCAAUCAUGAACAAGAACUAUACGCAACACCUUCAUCAUUCAAUAGCAUCUCACCAUUACUUACCACUCAGAACCUGUUACCACGAUGA